AUGAUUGGACGGGCAACACUAUUGCUUAUCUUCCUCAUCUCAUCAAUAGCAGCUUUCAGUAUCUUCUCCAGGAAUCCACCAAGUCCUGCUUCUUCAAAAGAAGUUCGACCAACCAGAACCAAACCUGGUGCUAUGAAACUCUGUCCUCCAGGAGGACAAUCGUUUUUGGAUGCUUACAACCUUAUAUGCCCAAUGAAACGUCGUCGACGAAGUGUUGAUGAUGAAGCAGAGACAUCAGCUUACGAACAACCAUGGCAACAAUUUUUGGAACCUCGUAGUCGCAGAUCUGACAGACUUCGUGUUAUGACUGAAUGCUGUACCGUCGGAUGUACUUUCCAGGAAAUUUUCCCAUUAUGUAAUCCGUUCAAUUAG